AUGCCGUCCAAUUCUGGUAGUAAACGUCCCCCACGGCCGCCGUCUCCACCACCACCUCCUCCUCGUCGUGUGAGUCGUCGACGCAAAAAAGUAUCAGAGUCAGAGGAAGUCUCACAAGAAACAGAGUCAGAGGAAGUCAAUUUAUUCAGAAAAAAGUACCAGCGUAGACACGGGAAAGAUAUAUAUGAAGUGCCAGAUGAGGUUCCUCCUGAGUCGAGUAAAGAAGCCAAGAGAAGGCGCAACUUGGUCCAAGAUCAUCAAGAACUCAGUAAAGCUGAGAAAGAUGAGCUCCAAUCCGCGGCCGUUGAGCUUUUCCUUUCCAAUAAUCCGACGCGCUUUCUAUCUCUCGUCUGCGACUUCGCUAGCUCGUCCGUUUUUCAUCAGAACCCACAAUCACAAGUUAAGGCCCUCUGGAAUUUCUUUGCCCAUCAAUACCCAAAUGCUUUAUCUCUCAUGCUCGCUCGCCUCCUCAACUCGCGUCUUCCCUCUAAUACCGUAAUGUACACCGUUGAUCUGCUUCACCUCACUAUAAAUCGGAUUCACGGUCAAGAUCGGUUUAUAAUUGAUAAACGUGUCCUUUUCCAUCUCAAACCCCUGCUUCUUAACGUUAUUCAGAACCACGAAUCAAUACCGAACCUGCUUAAUUUAUCUGAAAUAGCUGCCAGGAUAUUUGAAAUCGAGAGGUGGGGUGAACUUCUUGACUAUCUUUUACACGCCCUUGACACGAACUUCGAAACGAGGCAAGAAAUGGCACUCAGAGUGCUAUCGACUUUGCCAGAGUCGAGGGAAGAGUGUCUCGGGGCAUACAAAUUUUGGUGGGCCAACCAUAAGUCGCUUAACGUUAGAUUCGGCGAGCUAUUUGAUUCCCCCAAUCUCAACAUCCAGGCUCUGACAUUCGAUUCCUCUAUUAAAUUGGUACGCCUGCUGCACCGGUGGAGGUUUUACAGCGAAAUCGACGUCCUAUUACCAAAGAUGAUUUCCUUCCUGCGAGCAAUUCACGGCGACGGUCAAACCCGUAUUGUGGAACCAAGAAUAAUGGAUUUGGUGGAAUUAGCCAGUUAUUACACGGACCCUUUUUUGACGCAACUUGAUGUUGUCUUGGACUGCAUGUUCCGAAUUGCGGUGACUGCAGAUGACAACACUUUUCUCACGUUGCAGGCGAUUAAAAUUAUUAAGAUGGUCGAUGACCAGGCUGUGGACCGGGUUUCAGAGUUUCUUGUUAAACUUUCUGAGGAGGCUAAACGCAGUAUUUUCAAGAAUUGCGUGCGCUUGCUGGUUUGUAUUGCAGACGUUCCUGCUUGGUAUGAUGUGGACAUGACUUCGAGUGAAUAUAUGGGGAUCUCAGAGAAGUACAUCCUAGGAAAGUUCUUACUCUUCCGGCUCUGCUGGGAUUCACACGAAGACAUGCUACUUUCCUUUGGAAUUGAGUUGAUACCACAGUAUUUGAAUUCUGAAGAUUGGCAGACACGUCAUGCAGGAUUGGUUGCCUUUGCUGAAACUGGAAGCGCAUGUAGCCCCGCGAUGAUACGUGACCAUGCUGAGAGAGUGCUAGAGAUUUCGCUGACUGAUCCCCACCCUCGCGUUCUGUGGGCUGCCAUUGAAGUAAUUAGAUGUUUAACUACAGACUCUGAUCAAGAGCAUGUCCGAUAUCUAAAUAACUUCGUCCCUAGACUAGUCACCAUAAUUAGAUCAGCUUCCAUUUAUCCACGUAUUCAGUUGCAUGCUGCUACAGUAGUUCGUCGCUUGAUUAACAAUUGCGGCGAUGAAGAAGUGAAGUCAUUCGCGGAAUGUUUGGAGCCUGAAUUGCUAAAAUUUGUUAAGCAAGGCGGGGUGUUCCGUGAAGAAGCUAUUGAAACACUGAAAUUAUUGGCAGCAUCAUUUCCGGUCAUUUUUCGAAGGCACUAUCAGGAAACAAUGGAUUCGCUGAGAGACCUUGUGUCUCAAUCCUUGUUUGGGGCACAAUCUAUGGAAUACUUGAGUUAUAUUCUCUCCGGAAUUCUCUCGGACGAGUCUCUUUUCGUUUUAAAUGAUUCUCAAGAGGUAAUCAAUAAUAAUUCUUAG